AUGUCAUUAUCCGAUACGCCAAAUCAUGAGAUUUAUGACAGACAUCUUCAACAAUUGGGGAAGUUAAGAGACACUAUAUCGAGGAAAAUAAGAUUAUCAACUGGUGAGUUGAUAUUUCUAGUCUCGUUUAUCGUUAAUUUCUUCUUGGGAAAAUUGAUCCAUAUAAGUGCAGAACAUGAAGAAGUGUAUAACUACUAUAACAACAAACGUAAUGUGUUUAAUCAGUUGUUUGUUAAAAAAGGAUGGGGUUGGACUACAUUGAUUAUAGUCUUGUUUUAUUCGUUUUUGAUGUACGGCAAUAGCCAUCCUAAGGUCCGCACCAAGCAACAGAGAAUUAAUGUAUUAAAAAAGGCAUUAUUCAAUUACGCUAUUGCUACGUUAUGGUGGGUACUUUUCACGCAAUGGUGCUUCGGUUUGCCUCUCAUGGACAAAGUAUUUGUCUGGACAGGUGGCAAAUGUACUGGAAUAGCACAGGAGAAAUUGGCACGCCAUAUUCCCUCAUAUGGGACGUCGAGCAUAUUCACCGAGAUAGAAUCGGAUUUGAGUUACGAAUCGAAGGCCAUAACGUCCUAUAUGUGCAGAAAAUUAAAGGGUAGCUGGGAAGGCGGCCAUGAUCCCUCGGGCCACGUCUUCUUGCUUAUCCACUCUUCGUUGUAUUUGUUCUUGGAAGCAUUACCGUUCUGGAUUUCGUGGGCUACGCUAAAGCAUAAUUUGUGCCAGUUUGUUAAAAGUUGGAGACUGACUGCUGCCAGCAAACCAAAAUUGCUCUUCGGCCUUUUUGCACAAGAUCCCCACACUAUUAUCAUUCCAUUGAUCUCUUUGUGGUGGUUCAUGCUUUUCAUGACGAACAUCUACUUCCAUUCGAUCGGAGAAAAACUUGUGGGGUUGGUUUUUGGGUAUUUUGGUCUUGCAGUGGUGUAUUACAUUCCUAGAUGGCUCUAA